AUUUUGCGAGGCAGCGGCAGUGGCGGCGGCAGCGGUGGCUGGAGCCUCUGAUUGGGUUUCGGAGUCCGGUACUGGAGCCAAUCAGCGCGGGCAGCGAACCGGGGGAGCGAGGCACGGAGUGCAUCUCACAGUCUUCUAUACCCUCCGGAGUGAAACUCACUGUGUACCAGAUUUCAACUUGGAGGGACCAUGGAGCAGUAUACAACGAACAGCAAUAGUUCAACAGAGCAGAUUGUUGUACAGGCUGGACAGAUUCAGCAGCAGCAGGGUGGUGUCACUGCUGUCCAGUUGCAGACUGAGGCCCAGGUGGCAUCCGCCUCAGGCCAGCAAGUCCAGACCCUCCAGGUCCAGGGGCAACCAUUAAUGGUACAGGUCAGUGGAGGCCAGUUAAUCACAUCAACUGGCCAACCCAUCAUGGUCCAGGCUGUCCCUAGUGGACAAGGUCAAACCAUCAUGCAAGUACCUGUAUCUGGGACACAGGGUUUACAGCAGAUUCAGUUGGUUCCUCCUGGACAGAUUCAGAUCCAGGGUGGGCAGGCUGUGCAGGUGCAGGGCCAGCAGGGCCAAACGCAGCAGAUCAUCAUCCAGCAGCCCCAGACAGCUGUCACGGCGGGCCAGACUCAGACACAGCAACAGAUUGCUGUCCAGGGGCAGCAGGUAGCACAGACUGCUGAAGGGCAGACUAUCGUCUAUCAGCCAGUUAAUGCGGACGGCACCAUUCUCCAGCAAGUUACAGUCCCUGUUUCAGGCAUGAUCACCAUCCCAGCAGCCAGUUUGGCAGGAGCACAGAUUGUUCAGACAGGAGCCAACACCAAUACAACCAGCAGCGGACAAGGGACUGUCACUGUGACACUACCAGUGGCAGGCAAUGUGGUCAAUUCAGGAGGGAUGGUAAUGAUGGUGCCUGGUGCUGGCUCUGUGCCUGCUAUUCAAAGGAUCCCUCUACCUGGAGCAGAGAUGCUUGAAGAAGAGCCUCUCUAUGUGAAUGCCAAACAGUACCACCGCAUACUUAAGAGGAGGCAAGCCCGGGCCAAACUAGAGGCAGAAGGGAAAAUUCCAAAGGAAAGAAGGAAAUACCUGCAUGAGUCUCGGCACCGUCAUGCCAUGGCACGGAAGCGUGGUGAAGGCGGACGAUUUUUCUCUCCAAAGGAAAAAGAUAGUCCUCAUAUGCAGGAUCCAAACCAAGCAGAUGAAGAAGCAAUGACACAGAUCAUCCGAGUGUCCUAACCCCAGGCCAUGUGAUGGGCCUGAUUAAGGUCAUGUUCCUCACCAUUGUUCCAGGAAAUUGAUCAGUUCUUCCAAUGGGACACUGAUGAUCACAUUCUGCCCUUUUUAUGGGACAGAAACCCACUUAGUUUUUAAUAAGUGGCUCAGUAUUAUAAUUGCAGCAAUGUCUGGCAAAUUGAAGUGGCAAGCCUUUCUCACCCCUUCAGUCAGGACCUGUUUUAGACCGUUGAUGACAUUGACAUUUCAUGGAUUAGGAUGAUGCAAGGGACUCAUGCCAGCCCAGCAGUACCACACACAGCACUUAAGUUGACUGGUGAAGCCAGCCAACUAAUCUCGGCAGAGGAGAAUAACCUUCUCAAGCUAAACUGAAUUCAGGGAAGCUGGAGCCCACUCCCUCCCAUGGAAUCUAAACACCAUCCAUCCCUCUGGUGAGGGAUCUCAGGCUAAGUAAAUGGACACUUUGUAUUCAGAGAUGACUUCCAGGCGAGGAAGCUCUAUCUCAUAAUGUGGAAAUAAUAAAUUCUGAGAUACAUUCAUCUAAUCUGUGGUAAUAAUAAGAAUUUCUGUCUGCCCAGAUGAUAGGUUGGUAUUUUUGGACUCCAGCCAAGAAAAAGCUAAUUCUGGGGAUAGAAUGAUAAAAAAAAUCAAGCACUAAAAGUAAUAAUUGCUGAAUCCUUUUUAGCUUUGACCAGUUGUUGUCUUCUUGUCCAUCUGUUGACAGGUCAUCUGGACUAUAGUUCCUACUAUAGCUACUUUUAAGACAAUUUAGAAGGUUUUGGAACUGAAAACUUCCUUUCCUAACUAAGUAGAGAACAAAACAAUAACAUCUUGUGUGCUGAAGUGCUGAAGACAAUGGUUGUAACUCCUAAGCAGAGAGACAAACUAGAGAUUUUUCAAUCAUAGGCUUGGUGACAGCAUUUGGAAAACAGAAGGGUUUGUGUGUGUUUCAGUCUAGAGGAAGAGAGUAGUAUAUAUAUCCAUGUGUUGUCAUUUGGCGUGAUUUUUCAGUGGAUGGAUGCCUGGGAUGGAUUCAUUAAGAUGAAGAGAAUAAUUUACAUUGACACUAUAGCAUUUUACUAAGAACAGAAAGGGAGAACUAUGAGAUUUUGUCCUUGACAAUUUCUGGAAAGCACUAUUCAGUCAAGCUGUUCUGGGUGUUCUCCAGGUUACCUGCUAGAACUUGAGGUGGAUGUCGACUUCAGUCCUGCAGCACUUUGUGCUGGCCCCAGAAAACAGACAUUCUCAUUCUUCCCAUGGCAGCUGACUCUUUGGUUCCAGUUUUUAUUUGUUCACCCCCCGCCUCCUUCACAGGCCUUGUGCAAGAAGGUUUUCACAUUGCAUCCACACAUCCUGGGGACAGGUUACAUACUGGAAAUAGAGAUGCCUGCAGUAUAAGAAACUGGGCCACGAUUUCUGUGAUGAGUUAUGUGCCUCGCUUCUUUUCUAGACAUUAUACCCUGAUAGAAAUAAGAUGUUUCAGAAGAGUUUCUGCCUACUCUGGAAACAAAGAAGGAAAACUUAAUUCUUUUGAGGAAUAUUUGGGUUUGAUUUAAAUACCAAGAGUAAAGAUUGGCUUUUCUAUUUUACUCUAUAUUAAGAGA